AAGCAGGAGCCCAUUCUUAGUUUUUGGGACAUCAAGAAAGUAAACUCGGACAAAAAUUUAAGCUACGAUAUUACUUUCUGAAAGGGACCUCCGGGACUAGAACAUUGUUCUUUUUUUUACAUUCCACUGAGGUUGUGCAGAAGCCAGAGAAAAGGAGUUGUCAUCAUGGCGCUAAUGAUUCUGCCAUUCAUUGGAUCAGUGUCGGUAUCUGAGAGUUUGGUGGCCAUGACAACAGUGUGUCUGGUCUACCUGAUCCUCAAGUUUUAUUACAAGCAAAUCCCUGAAGGGCUACGCCGGCUGCCAGGACCAAAACCUCUUCCUAUCAUUGGGAAUGUGCUGGAGGUGGGCAACAAACCUUACCUGAGUCUCACUGCCAUGAGCAAGCGCUAUGGCAAUGUCUUUCAGAUCCAGAUCGGCAUGCGUCCUGUGGUAGUGCUGAGUGGCAGUGAAACAGUUCGACAGGCUCUCAUCAAGCAGGGGGACGAGUUUGCAGGCCGACCUGACCUGUACAGCUUUCAGUUUAUCAAUGAUGGCAAGAGUCUGGCCUUCAGUACAGACCAGGCCGGUGUCUGGCGUGCCCGCAGGAAGCUGGCCUACAGUGCCCUACGCUCCUUUGCCACCCUGGAGGGCACCACACCUGAGUAUUCCUGCAUGCUGGAGGAGCACAUCUGCAAAGAGGGAGAGUAUCUGAUCAAACAGCUCAACACAGUCAUGAAGGCCGAUGGCAGCUUCGACCCCUUCCGCCACAUUGUGGUCUCUGUUGCUAAUGUGAUCUGUGGCAUGUGUUUUGGCCGACGCUACGACCAUGAUGACCAGGAACUUGUCAGCUUGGUGAACCUCAGUGACGAGUUUGGACAAGUGGUAGGCAGCGGAAACCCGGCAGACUUCAUCCCUCUUCUUCGAUUCCUGCCAAGCGCAACAAUGAAGAAGUUUGUGGACCUAAAUGAUCGCUUCAUUACGUUUGUGCAAAAGAUCGUCACAGAUCACUAUUCCACCUUUGAUAAGGACAACAUUCGCGACAUCACGGACUCCCUCAUUGAUCACUGUGAGGACAGGAAGCUGGAUGAGAACUCAAAUGUCCAGAUGUCAGAUGAGAAGAUUGUAGGAAUCGUCAACGACCUGUUUGGAGCUGGUUUUGACACCAUCUCCACCGCCCUGUCUUGGUCAGUGAUGUACUUGGUGGCUUACCCAGAGUUACAGGAGAGGCUUUACCAAGAAUUGAAGGAUGAAGUGGGUCUGGAUCGCAGUCCUCUUCUCUCUGACAAACCCAAACUACCGUUUUUGGAAGCUUUCAUCCUGGAAAUCUAUCGCCAUUCCUCAUUUCUUCCAUUCACUAUUCCUCACUGCACAACAAAAGACACAUCUCUGGAUGGGUACUUCAUUCCCAAAGACACAUGUGUCUUCAUCAAUCAGUGGCAGAUCAACCAUGACCCUGAGCUGUGGAAAGAGCCAUCUACCUUCAACCCAGAACGCUUCCUGAGCCUUGACGGCACUGAGCUCAACAGACUAGAGGGGGAAAAGGUGAUGAUUUUCGGCAUGGGAAAGCGGCGCUGCAUCGGCGAGGUCAUUGCAAGAAAUGAAGUCUUCCUCUUCUUGGCAAUCAUUGUCCAGAAGCUCCAGUUCCUGGCAAUUCCUGGAGAGCCACUGGACAUGACCCCAGAAUACGGUCUCACAAUGAAGCACAAGCGCUGUCACCUGAGAGCCACAAUGAGAUCAAGAAAUGAGCAGUGAAGCAGUUGUUGAAAUCAAAUGCGUAUGACUCAAUUUGUGGAAUAAGUUGACUCUAACAUUUAAUGAGUCAGAGCCAGGUUAAACUCUGUGAAAGAUGUAUCUUUCUCAAAGUGUAAGGCACUGGAUGCCAAAUUUGCGCUACAGAGCUAAUGGCAUUAAAGCAAAUAAGUGAUUUUGCUAGCUGCAGAUUGUCAGAGAUGUCUUGGUUUGCAUCUCUGUCAUGUUCUUGGUUCUAAGAGAUAUUCCUGCACAUGAUUGGUGCUUCUGUAUGAAGUAUAAGAAGGAGUUGUAAAAUACUUAGUGACUAAGUUGCCUGUUCAACUUUGGGACAAACAGUGUGUUUUACUGCACAGCAUUAUUGUUGAGAUCUCUGGGCCCUCUGUUUUUUUCUGUGACACAAGCCUCUGGAAAGAACAAAAUAUUAUCUUUUGAUACUAUUUACUUGUAUAAGCUAAUUAAUUGUAUUCCAUUGUAAUGUGGAUGUAAGACACUGAAGCUAUAUUUUUAUCCCAAAAUGUGAUUUUGUUUGUAUAUUAAGCUCUUUGUACUUUUUAAAGUCAAUUUUGGUUGCGGAGUAUUUGUAUAUAUUUGAGGUGAAAUAGUUUUGCUGUGCAUCAAGGUGAAAUAUCAGGACACCAAGAGUCUCAGUGAUAAAUAAAAUAUGUUAGAAGGCUUUAAAAUAAUGUAUUUCUAUCUCUAAUUUGUCAAUGAUUGUAAAAGAUGUAAGGGCAUAUGAUCUGAGUCUUUUUUUAAGCAACCACACUGAUUAAAAUAAACAUUUA